GCCUAAAAUGCUGCAUACUUUAAGGCUGUUACUUAAAGUAAACCAGAUUAAAAAAAAACAGCAUCCCUUAGCAAACAGAAAAGAAAAUUUUCUAACAAAAUAAGAAAAAUUCUUUAAUAAUCACAUUUUUUUUAAACUUUUAAUAAAAUAAAUAAUUUAACAAAAUGUCGGACUAUCAAAAUGUUCCUGGAGCUGGAGACGAUUUAAACAAUGAAUCCGUAGAAGUUUUACGUGAACGUUUAAAUACCAUGAAACGUUUAAUGGCUGAUCGUACCGCCCAACAACAACAGAAUCCUGCUAGCACUGAAGAAAUCUGGUCCACACGCCGUCACACCUCAGCCGGCAUUAUAGAUGGUAAUUUCUUAAGUAUGGCUUUUGGUGGUGCUUUACUCGUUAUAGUUUCCGUUUCGGUAUAUGCUUUUUAUAAUCUUUAUCAUGCUAUUCUAAAGAAAUUCCCCUCUAAACACGAGGAGUUAUAAAUUGAAACAAAAAAAAAAAUGAACAUAAAUCAAUUGGAAAUAUAACAAAUAAGAGUAUUUUUAGGUUUUAAGAUGAUGACAAAAUGAUUCUUAUAGAAUAAAAUUUAAUAAAUAAAAUAUUUCAAUAAC